AUGCUGGGGACACCGUUUGCCAGUGCUAACAUAUACUUGGGUAUCAUUACAAUGGAUCCGAGGGGUGAAAAAUUGUUUGAAUUGUUCACAAAAAAUCUGCGAUAUGUCGAAGAGUGCAAAAGUCGUCUUCGUUCGCUCAACAAGAAAUUCGACGAACUUACCGCAUCCGACAAGAAAGCGGAACUGGACGCGAUAAACGUAUGA